CUGCUCCCAUGCAGAUCUUGGGAAAUGUCUCUGAGUUCCAGCGAGUCGUCAGCGUGCUGCAGGAAGGGGUGGAUUUUGAUAUUGAUGUCAAUGCAUCUGUCUUUGAAACUAACAUUCGAGUGGUAGGUGGUCUCCUCUCUGCUCACUUGCUGUCGAAGAAGGCUGGCGUUGAAGUAGAAGUGGGCUGGCCAUGCUCUGGACCUCUCCUGAGGAUGGCAGAGGAAGCAGCUCGCAAACUCCUCCCGGCUUUUCAGACCCCAACCGGGAUGCCAUAUGGAACAGUGAACUUGUUGCAUGGAGUAAACCCUGGAGAGACCCCAGUUACCUGUACUGCUGGAAUUGGUACAUUUAUAGUGGAAUUUGCCACUUUAAGCCACCUUACUGGUGACCCAGUGUUUGAGGAUGUUGCCAGGAAGGCUUUGAAGGCACUGUGGAAAAAUCGGUCAGAUAUUGGGCUGGUUGGUAACCACAUUGAUGUGUUAACUGCCAAGUGGGUGGCCCAAGAUGCUGGCAUUGGGGCUGGAGUGGACUCCUACUUUGAAUACCUUGUUAAAGGAGCCAUUCUCCUGCAGGACAAGGAGCUGAUGUCCAUGUUUCUAGAAUAUAACAAAGCUAUCAAAAAUUACACAAAGUUUGAUGACUGGUACCUCUGGGUUCAGAUGUACAAAGGAACAGUGUCCAUGCCUGUUUUUCAGUCCCUGGAGGCCUACUGGCCAGGCCUACAGAGCCUAAUUGGGGAUGUAGAUAAUGCCAUGAGAACCUUCCUCAACUACUACACUGUCUGGAAGCAGUUUGGUGGGCUGCCUGAGUUCUACAACAUUCCCCAGGGCUACACGGUGGACAAGAGAGAAGGAUAUCCACUCAGGCCUGAGCUGAUUGAGAGUGCAAUGUAUCUGUACCGUGCUACGAGAGAUCCUACACUCUUAGAGUUGGGAAGAGACGCAGUGGAGUCAAUAGAGAAAAUCAGCAAGGUGGACUGUGGAUUUGCAACUAUCAAAGACUUGAGAGAUCACAGACUGGAUAAUCGCAUGGAAUCCUUCUUUUUGGCUGAAACAGUAAAAUACUUGUACUUGCUGUUUGACCCAGACAACUUCAUUCACAAUGAUGGAUCAGUCUUUGAUGUGGUGAUUACACCGUAUGGGGAAUGUGUUUUGAAUGCUGGAGGAUACGUCUUCAACACUGAAGCUCAUCCCAUAGACCCUGCUGCACUGCACUGCUGUAGGAAGCGGAAGGAAGAGCAGUGGGAGGUGGAGGACUUGAUGCGGGCAUUUUACUCACUGAAGAAAAACAAGAAAUUCACUUUAAAAAGAGCUUCUGACCGUGGCGAAGGGGAAAGUGCAAAAGGCCCUGAAGUUGCCUCUUCAGAGAAAGGUGGAGAGAAGAGAACCUCUAAGAAGAGCUCACACUCCCUCCUGAGUUGCCCCAGUCAAUCUUUUAACUCUAAACUUGCAGUACUAGGACAGGUCUUCCUGGAUAACACUUGAUUCUAUUUUUAUUAUCAGUUUAAAUUAUUGA